AAUGAAGAUCGAAACAACCGUCAUGGUUGAAGCACAAAGAAAGCUUCAAGCGAAGGAAUUACUAAUCCCGAAGAAAUUCUUAGAUUUUCAGAAACAUGUUUUGAAUCAAGAUCUCCGUUCAAUAUAAAGAAUGCAUCGAAGACAUCGAAAGAAAUCGUCGUCAAGAGAAAUUAGAAUUACCGGAGAGGAAAAUCGAACGCAAUGCCAAUGGAUUCUUCGUCCAAAAGCUAUCAAGAUUUUGAGCCUCUAAUCGAUUGGCUUCCUCAUCCCGAUCCCGAGUCUCAUCUUCUUCUCGUCCACCUCUUAGGUUUCACACGCAACGAUCUGAAAGUUCAGGUGACAUCCACCGGCAAGUUGAGGAUCUCCGGCGAACGGAGGCUUACCAGCGGCAAGUGGCUCCGAUUCCUCAAGGAAAUCCAUAUCCCAGAAGAUGCCGAUUUGAACAAGAUCUCUGCCAAGUUGGAGAAAGGCAUCCUCUACGUGACGCAGCCCAAAAAAACCUCCGCCGUCUCUUCCAACAACCUACCGGUUCAGCCACCGAAGCCCAAGGCCGAAUCCCAACCGCCGCCGACCGCCGCAAAACCAACUGAUCGACCAAAUACCCCAAAGAGCCCAAACGAGAGACCUCAAUCACAGGCAAAUGGGAAACAAAGCCCCACUCCUUUAAAGCCACAUGAAGGGGCCGGAGCGCCAGCGAGUACCCAAAAAUCCGCCGAGAAGCCCACCGUGGGAGGCGGAGAGCCCGUUCAAGAUUUAGCUGCCAAGGACAGAACAGAGAAAGAAACAGAGGAUAAGGCAAAAGCACAUACAAAACUGCAAGAUGCUUCGGAGAAGACAAGAAAGGAAGAGGGGAAAGAAGAAAUUGGGUCAAAAAUGGGGGAGAAGGGGAAGGAAGGAGACGGGUUGAGAAUGACGGAGGGGAAGGAACAGGGCGGCCAUGGUAGGGGGGAGAAGGAAGGAGGCGGGUCGAGAAUGGUGGAGGGGAAGGAACGGGGCGGCCAUGGUAGGGGGGAAAAGGAACGGGGCGGGUCGAGAAUGGUGGAGGAGAAGGAACGUGGCGGCCAUGGUAGGGGGAAGAAGGAAGGAGGAGUUGCAGAAGGGAGUGAAUGGACGAGAAGAGGAGAAUGGUUAUGGACAAAUAUGGUGAAUUUGGCUCUGGGGGCUGCUGUUUUUGUGAUUGUGUAUCUCAAUCUUACAAAGAAUGAUCAUAUGGAGGAAGACUGGUGAAGAAGAAGAAGCCAUGAAUGAACAUCUAGUUUAUGAGUGAACAAUGGAACCAAAUUCGUUGCCCCGGAUUCGGGCACGAGAAUAAAAUUGCUAUAUUUAUGACAACUUA